AUAGAUAUUUCCCGUUCUUUAGUCAUCACCUCAGUGCCGUCGCCUUCCCCUUUCUACUAACAGAACACAUCAAACAUGUUUUUCUGAAGUUUCCUCUCUUUCGCUCAAUACAACAAUACUAUCUCAUUUCUUCCACACGAAAAUGUUAUCUCUGCAGCCACUCUCUAACCCUAAACCCUCCUCUCUCUACUCUUCCUCUUUUACCCCUCCCAAUUCCCUUUCCCCCAAAACCCUAAAACCCAUUCCCACUCCCAAACCUUCUAGAAACUUCUAUCCUUCCAUCCAUUCCAUCCUCCAGUACAACCGCAAGCCUCAGCUCGCCGGAGAAACCCCGAGAGUUGUCGUCAUUACCUCCGGAAAAGGCGGCGUCGGUAAGACCACUACCACCGCCAAUAUCGGCCUUUCCUUAGCUCGUCUAGGCUUCUCCGUAGUGGCCAUUGAUUGCGAUGUGGGUCUCCGUAACCUUGACCUCCUUUUAGGGCUGGAAAACCGGGUCAAUUACACCGUUGUGGAGGUUCUCAAUGGCGAUUGCCGUCUCGAUCAGGCCCUUGUUCGUGACAAGCGUUGGUCCAAUUUUGAACUGUUAUGUAUUUCCAAGCCCAGAUCCAAAUUGCCUAUUGGGUUUGGCGGGAAAGCCUUGGUUUGGCUUGUGGACGCCUUAAAAGCCCGUGACGAAGGUGCACCCGAUUUCAUUAUCAUUGAUUGUCCAGCUGGUAUUGAUGCUGGGUUUAUAACAGCUAUUACUCCGGCAAAUGAAGCUGUUUUAGUGACAACGCCAGAUAUUACAAGCUUAAGGGAUGCUGAUAGAGUGACUGGAUUGUUGGAAUGUGAUGGAAUAAGGGAUAUUAAGAUGAUGGUGAAUAGGGUUCGGACGGAUAUGAUAAAAGGGGAAGAUAUGAUGUCUGUAUUGGAUGUGCAGGAAAUGUUGGGGCUUCCUUUAUUAGGUGUGAUUCCUGAGGAUUCGGAGGUUAUUAGAAGUACUAAUAGAGGUUAUCCUCUGGUGUUGAAUAAGCCGCCAGCUUUGGCAGGUUUGGCAUUUGAGCAAGCAGCAUGGAGGUUGGUUGAGCAGGAUAGUAUGGAGGCUGUAAUGGUGGAGGAGGAGCCUAAGAAACGCGGGUUCUUCUCAUUUUUCGGGCGGUAGCUGGAUGUUUAUACUUUUUUAAGUAGUGGCUUUGGUGAGGUUUCUGUAUUUGUUUGGUUGUGUUUUUGGAAGGUCCUAUGGAGCAAGAAAACUGUGUAUAGUAGAGAGUUGAGGUUUGCAUUCUUCCUUGUGACUAUUUCAGGAUUCUAUGUUGGAUAGUCAAACAUUAGUGCAGUUAUUAGGAAUUUGUACUUUUUGUUUUGGAUUUGAGCUGAACACUGUAUCAUGCCCGUUUGCACGAAAUAUGAACUUUUUUCUCCACCAAUCUAGUUUGAGUUACUGUA